UUUGGGUUAACCCAAAUGGGCCAUUUGGGCCCAAUAGCUACAGAACCAUGAUCUUCAACCUAAACCCUAAAGCCCCUUCUUCUCUCUUUCUGCGACUCUAUCAACAAGCAUCGAAGCUCGGGAAUUGAAUUGAAUUUCUUUACCUACAGUGGUGAGGUUGCAGAUUGGAAGAAGAUGAAAAAAGGUGUUCAUCCACAGAAGCAAUGGAUAUCCUACGUUACACAAACAGGUAGGUUGAUGCAUGUGAUGAUGACAAAGAUACACCCUGUUGGAAAAGUCUACCACUUCCGGGCUAAGCGUCAAAUGGCCGAGAGUUUAGGACAGAUUGCGAAGUUCAGACGCCGCUUUGGUCUAGAAAAUCCAGCUGCCAAUGAAAAAUAACAAUUUCAGUGGGCAGAAGGAACUUUGGCUUUUCAUAUUGGAAGAGAAUAACAGGUAUAUUGGUGGUAUACUCUCUAUCAGGUUCUUUUGUAGCAUUCAACAUGUCUAGUUAAACUGCAGAAAUGUUUCAUGUCAAGUGAUGUCUUUAGCAGUUGAUAUUUGCUUGUGGGUUUAUUAAUGCAAAUUCAAGCUGGAGAUCUUUGUCGACUCUUUUGGAUAUUACGAGGAAAUUUAUUGCUGCCUGAUGUUUAUGUUGAAGGGUGAAAUUACCAGUUUGAAUUGAACAACGGUAUCUAGGGAUUGUUUAGUUUCUUAGUAUAAAUCUUGUCUGAAACAACCAUCUGCAAUAUGCCUAUUUUAAUUUGUUCUUUGAUCGGUUCUCUAUUA